AUGCAGACCCGCUCCAAAACCCAAACCAGCCAACCCGCCCAACCACCAAAAGAGGCAGCAUAUGAACAAGCCUCGAACCCAGUCUCGCAUAAACCACAGGAACAACGAGCACCAGCCGACACAACACGCCACCAUGGCGAUUCCAUCGCAGCCAUAACCCGUACUGCAAAGUCAAACCCAUCUAGCGACGAGGCUCGAGCUCGUCUCGAUGAUCAGCACAGACGAGACCAGGAGAAAUUGGGGAAUGCACCGGACGUCGAUUUGGAAUACGGCGUUGAGGAGCAACCGUCUGAGGGAUAUAUUGCAGAUUCGGUCCAGAGGAAAGGUAUGGGCAUUCAGCGAGCACAAGCUGGUGCGCAUGCUGGUCCUGUUGGGAGCGCGGGGGGUCCUGGCCAUCCUGGAUUUGGGGAACAGGGGGAUUUGAUGGCGAAUAUGGACCAGAAGAUGUUUGAACAUGAGAGGGUAUUGGGGGAGAGGGUUGGUCAUAGUCCUGCUGAGCCGGAUGGGGAGACUGUGGAGAGGGAGGCUGCUAGACAGCAGAAGUUGGAGCGGGAUGAGCGCAUUGAUGUUGAGGGGGCUGUCAAGGAGGCAACUGGUGAUCCUGUUGUAGGUCGCUAG